UCUGGAGGGUUUUCGACGAGGGGCAAGUUGGGAUUAAGCGCCUUUAUUUGAGGUUAUGUCCCCCAUCAAGGUGAAACAUACUGGCAAAAAGCAGAUUAGCUUCUCCUAAGAAACAGAGAGCUACCUUCGAGAUUUGCGGGAGCAAGUUCACAUAAACACACACACACACACCCUGGUUUUAUUCGCCCUCCAUAGUGCGCCUUCUGCUUUCGGGCGGCGGGGCGGUUUGCCGGCACGGCCCCGCCAUGCUAGGAGGGUUGCGGAGGCGCUGGGAGGCCUACAAGUACCGCUUCGUGCCCUGGAUUGCGCUCAAUCUCCGCCACAAGCGCAGGACUCUCCGAUUUGUGCCAGCAGAAUCUAAAGACAAAAUUGUUUCUGAUGAAGAUGUCCUUCAAACAUUAUUGAAAACAUUUAGAUCUUUAUUUGUAAAUGACUUGAACAGACAAAUGUUCCUUUUGAAUGUAAUUCCCGAAAUUAAAUCAAAAUAUCCAGAAAUACAUUCAGUGCAAUCUAAAACAAUAUCCAAAGCAAUAUACGAUGAUCAAGAACAUCAAAGAGCUCUUAAUCCAGAAGAAGUUUUGUUCAGUACAUUAGGAUUCAGCAUUAUUCGACAACCCAGUUCACUGAAGUCAGCUGGAAUAGGAGUUUUUGUAGCAAAAGGGUUUGUUCCAGAAGGAACCGUUGUAUCAAUGUAUCCUGGCACGGUCUAUGAAAAUCACGAACCCAUAUUUUUUCAAUCCAUUGGCAAUCCAUUUAUAUUUAGGUGUAUUGAUGGUGUACUUAUUGAUGGAAAUAAUAGGGGAAUCUCAAAGGCUAUAUACAGGUCAUGCAGCAAAAGAGAUCAGAUUGGUCCUUUAAAAAUGUGCGAUGUCUUUUGGCUUACAACUGCUAUGCAAAAUCCAUUGGCUGUGGGACAAUAUGUUAAUAACUGUUCAACAGAAAAAGAAGCAAAUGUUUGCUAUCAGGAACUGAACAUACCUAAAUGUUUUCCUAUAGAAUUUAAACAGUAUCUUCCAAACAUAAACUACGGCCAUGAAAUAGAAAGGUCCUUGAGAUGUGUGGUUUUGGUAGCUCUCCGAGACAUUGGCCCAGGAGAAGAACUUUUUUCAAACUAUUACACAGUUAUUUCUUGAUGGUCAACUAUGGACGUUUACAGUAUUUAAACCAAAUGUGGUAUCCUUUAACAAAGAAUGAUUGAAGAUACAUUUUGGUACAAAAGUUUUAUUGCGAGUUAUACCUUCAACUAUAUAUUUACUAAGUCAAAUUUGUUGGGUUUUUAAAAUAGCAAUAGCCUAUCUGAAACCUUUAAACUAUCUGAAAUUUAAACUUUGCGGAUUAUUAUGGGACAUAACUUAUUUGGGAAAUGCUUACUACACAAACACCAGAAUUGAAAUAAACAAAGAGUUCCCUGGUGUACCUGGGUCCAGCAUAGAGACUUCAAGUUAUUCAUUGUCUCCCUCUGUUGUUCUUUAAAUGUAUUGGAUUUAAUACACUCAUAUUUUGGAUUUUGAAUGGCUUUAUCAUUUCUUUUACUAUUGUUAAAAAAAAAUUGUCCAUUUAGUUAACUUAAAAAGAAGUACUUAUACUUUAGUUAUUAUACAUUUUAUAGACGAUAUGUAAUAUAUAUGAUAAUAUACAUGUCAGCUUACUAUCUUUUUAUGAAGAAUUAUGUUAUGUCUGACACUCAAAGAGAAAUAACAAAUCCAUGUGCAGGCUGCACCUGCAAGUCUUUGAAAACAGCAACUCUCGCCCCACCCAUCCUCAGUCUAAUAUCUGCAGCAACUAAUUAUAGUUGAAUCCUUAUUUUCAUCAACACUUCUUGGAAUUCUGUAUGGAAAAGAUUUAGAGUUUUAUUUGCUUUCAAAUAAAUGAGUUUUGAGAUUGAUUUUGAUACAUUAAUUCCAUUAAAAAGAAAUAGAAAUAAAUAUGUUAAAAGUAGAUAUGCUUGUGUCCGUUUUUAACUAUUUUUAAAGCUAUGGAAUUUAGGUAGAUUUCUGAGAACCUUUUUCCAGUGUAACAAAUACUACAUUAAUACAUCCCUAGUAAUGAAUUAAUAUUAUUGAUAGCUGUUGAUAUAUCUAGAUAUAUUUUUUGUAGAAUGUAUUAUCACACAUUUACCAAAUUGUAUUGCAAAUGCAUCAUUGUAGACUAUGAUUUUGAAGUUUCAUAACUCAAAAAUAAAUUGCUUAGUGCAUA